AGAAACCGCAGCGCGCGCGCGUCUCUCAGCACCGCCUUUGCGUCAAUCCGUCCUCGCGGAGACAGAAACAUCAGCCUCUGCAGCAUCCGCAUCUCACAGCCUGCGGGACCGGGAGCGCAUCUCCACCCGAGCAUCCAUCCCACAGGCUCGGUGUGCGCGGCAGCAGGCGCCUCCAUCCACCGCUGCUUCGAUCUUCUUCCUUUUUACUGUUCCUUUUUUUUUAUUUUUCUGCCUCUGAUUGGAUUAAUUUUUCCUAAUCUUCGGGAUGGUUUAACGUUUUGAAACGCGCCCUUUUAAAGGACAACGCGAUUUUUUCCCUCCCUGAGGUGGAGAUCUGGUACAGACGGGCCUGUAGAUGCUCAGCCUGUAGACCGGGACCCUCCAGCAGCUCUGAGACCCCCAGGAUCUCCUCUCUGGCUCGCAGUCCUCUGAACCCGAAGCUCCCGGACCCCCGCCCCCCACAGGCACCAUGGGCACCGUGCUGUCCCUGUCCCCCAGCUACAGGAAGGCGGCCCUGUUCGAGGACGGGCCGGCCACGGUGGGCCACUACACGGCCGUCCAGAACAGCAAGAACGCCAAGGACAAGAACCUGAAGCGGCACUCGCUCAUCAAUGUGCUGCCAUGGAAGCGGAUCGUGGCGGUGUCGGCCAAGAAGAAGAGCUCCAAGAAGGUGCAGCCCAACGGUGCCCACCAGAACAACGUGUCCCACCUGAACAACGAGAACCUGAAGAAGUCCCAGUCCUGCGCCAACCUGUCCAGCUUCGCCCAGGACCAGAGCACCCCGGCCCUGACCAAGAGCUCCAACAACGCCACCUCCUCCGUCAAAAAGGCCCCCCUGGCCAACUCCAACGUGGCCCCCGGGACCCCGAAGCGGGUGAUCGUGCAGGCCUCCACCAGCGAGCUGCUGCGCUGCCUGGGGGAGUUCCUGUGCAGGCGCUGCUACCGCCUGAAGCACCUGUCCCCCACCGACCCGGUGCUGUGGCUGCGCAGCGUGGACCGCUCCCUGCUGCUGCAGGGCUGGCAGGACCAGGGCUUCAUCACGCCCGCCAACGUGGUCUUCGUCUACAUGCUGUGCCGCGACGUGGUCUCCUCCGAGGCGGAGACGGAGCACGAGCUGCAGGCCGUGCUCCUCACCUGCCUCUACCUGUCCUACUCCUACAUGGGCAACGAGAUCUCCUACCCGCUCAAGCCCUUCCUGGUGGAGUCCUCCAAGGAGGCGUUCUGGGACCGCUGCCUGUCCAUCAUCGAGCUGAUGAGCGCCAAGAUGCUGCAGAUCAACUCCGACCCGCACUACUUCACCCAGGUGUUCGCCGACCUGAAGAACGAGGCCCAGAAGGAGGAGGAGAGGAGCCGCCUGCUCAUCGGCCUGGACCGGUGAGGGGAUGCUGGGGGAGGGAGGGAGGGAGGGAGGUCAGAUCUGCUCUGGCAUUUUGAGACUUUUUUUUAGAUGACUACUAAAGGCAGAUAUCCAGCUAAAAUUUGAUGUGGUAGAAGCUUUCAGCAAAUAAUCACAGGGUGGACAGCUGCAACCUGUAGUUUAACCAAUCCAAGAUGGCCGCCACAUCCAUCCCACAUUUGAGAACACACAAACGACUCAGGCAAUUAUGAGCUAAAAAAUUAGCAUUACGUCCUCAACACGUGACCCAUCAUAUCGAAAUGUGGAUUAAGUCAAAUUUGGUCAAAAUGACCUCAUCACAUUUUCAGAUUUCUGGCUUGAAAAGCUACAUUUUYAUACCUGGAUCAUCCUGAUAUCUAGCCUGGUAAAAACCGGACCCUUGUUCUUCGCUUUGCUUCGUAUGAGGGUCUGGA